AUGGAAGCCACACUGCUUCUCCUCCUCUCCGUGGGCACCUGGGCCCAAAACUCAACAGAGCUCCGGGCCCCAAACCCAACGGAGCUCUGGACCCAAGACUCGGCGGACCUGUUGGACGAUGCAAGUCCUUGGCCGACAGCUGUGGCUCCUGAGCCCUUUGCUUCUUUGGCCGCAGAGAGCACUGCAGUCCCAAACCUCACUUCAGGCACCUCUAAUCCUGUGCUAACCAGGGACCCUGAGAAGGAUGACGCCCCAGGGGACCCUAUCAGGACUCCGCCUCCUUCAACUACUUCCUCAGGCCAUGCUGUGGUCUCUUCAGCGACCCCCAUUGACCACCCCGUAUCUCUGCCAACAGUCUCCCCGGAAAUUUCCACCCAGAAGUCUUCAGUGUUCCUGGACGUCUCUGACACAGCCAACGAAUCUGCCGUCUCCAUAGCAACAGACUCUCCGGGCAGCCAGACUGUGACUGAUGAAAUCCUGGCAACCGGCUCUCUGGAGCACUCCAGUCUGGCUGAUGGAUCCCCUAUAACCAUGACAACCGGCUCUUUGGACCUCUCUAAAGGGACCAGUGGACUCCCUGUCUCCAUGGUAACUAGUUCCCCGAAGAUCCCCAAGGGGACCGUUGGCUCCUCCACUACCCUGGUUAAAAUAUCGACCACCUCUUCCUUAAGCGCCUCCACAAACAUAGUCAGGUUGUCCCCAAAUUCAGACGAGGGGACGAAGAGCAACUUGGUGCCUGUGCUGGUGACCCUCCUGGUGGUCAUCAUUCUUGUGGCUCUCCUCCUGCUGUGGCGCCGGCGGCAGAAGCGGCGGACGGGAGUCCUGAUGCUCAACGGGGUCGCCAAGCGCAAUGGGGUGGUGAAUGCCUGGGCCGGGCCUGCCCCCAUGUCGAGUGGGGAGACGUUGACGGUCACAGUGGCAGAGGCAGGAGGUGACAAAGGCUCUGGGGUCCCCCCUGGGGAGGCGUCGGGCCGGAGACCCACGCUCACCACGUUCUUCAGCAGACGCAAGUCUUGCCAGGCCCCCGUGGCCCUGGAGGACCUUGGACCUGGGGCAGCCGCUGGGCUGAAGUCGGAGGAAGAGGCACUGAUGGCUCCAGAUGUGGCGGUGGAGAACCCCCCUUCUGACACGCCAGAAGCUGGUGACGGGGAGCACCCAAGUUUGUGUGAAUGAGAGACUGGAGGGUGGGAUCAUUUCCA